AUUUUUCAUUUUUCAUUUUUCAUGUGUAGUGCGUGGGAAACAAAGAUUGCAUUGCACAACGUGAUUUCAAAGCAUCACCAUCAUUGGUUUCAGCUCCACUCUUCUGGAGCUGAACCCCACCAUCAUCACAAUUCAGACCACAGGACAUGAUGGUAGGACUCAACAACAACAACAACAACAACAGCAACACCAACGUGAACAAAAGUGACAACAAUAACAACAACAACGACAACAACAAUUGUGAUGGUGAAAUCUUUGUCUCUGAUGACAAAGGUGGAGACUUUCCGGGGUUUCCAGGAAAACGAAGCAUCGCUGAGAGAAGGGGUUUCAAUACCAAUGCACCAAGGAUCAACACUGCACUUUUUCGCACUGCGACUGUAGCCGCAACUGCAACAACCCCUUUGGUUUCUCCUUCUGCUCGAUCACCUCGUAUCACAAUCCCUCCUGGGAUUAGUCCUGCUGCAUUGCUUGAUUCCCCAAUCUUGCUUCUCAAUUCUCAGCCAAUGCCAUCUCCCACUACUGGGAGUUUCUUCAUGCUGUCACCUUUCCCUCAUGAAGAAUCAAUGGCCACUGCUGUUGCACUUGGACAAGGGAAUAUGGAUGUGUCCUCUGCCUCUGAUGCUGUUGCCUCCUCUGAAUUCAAGGCUCAUGCCAAUUUGGAUCCUAAUUCUUUACCCCCUUACCCUGCUUCACUGAAUCAGGUUCCUAGUAACUGCCACAUGAUGAAGGAAGGAAAUCGGGGCAGCCAACUACUUGUUCAAGUUCAACCACCUUUAAAUUUUCCAUUCCCAGAAGAUUUUCCGAAGGGCUAUCCUGCAAUAAAUGGCGAGGUCCAUUCCUACAAUGAUGUGAGCAUGGUGAAUGAUAAUGCCAAUCAUGUUGAGAUGUCAGUCUCUCGUUCUGAGGAAGCUAGUGAUGAAAGCACUCUGCCUGAAAAUGCUAUUGAUGGCGAGGAUACCGGACAGCAACUUGUUGUAGAAGAACAGAAAGAGACAUCCCAUGCGACCGGAGUCGUAAGGACCUCAGAAGAUGGCUAUAAUUGGAGGAAAUAUGGACAAAAGCAGGUAAAAGGCAGUGAAUAUCCCAGGAGCUACUAUAAAUGUACUCAACCUAAUUGUCAGGUCAAGAAAAAGGUUGAAAGAUCCCAUGAUGGCCAAAUAACUGAAAUUAUUUACAAGGGUGCUCAUAACCAUCCGAAACCACAUUCUAGCCGUCGAACAUCAGCACUUUCAAAUGAUGAGAUUUCAGAAAUUGCUGAAGCUGGUGAAACCUGUGUUAAAGUUGACUGUGAUUCAGUCUGGGGAAAUAUUCACUCUGGAAUGAGAGAUACAAAGCACAGGUUGGCAUGGAAGGCUGAUGGUCAGGAAAGGACAUCCUCAGCUUCUGCUAUGACUGAGCUCGCAGAUCCAAUAUCAACGAAGAGAGCUAAACCUGAAUCGGAGGACACUCCAGAGUUUUCUUCUACACAUGCUAGUCAUGGUGGUGAUGCAGAUGGAGCCACUCAAGCAGUCAUGUCACUUGAAGAUGAUGCUGAAUCAGAGUCCAAAAGAAGGAAGAAGGAAAGCUACACUGUUGAAGCUAUGCCUCCCAGGGCUGUUCGUGAGCCUCGAGUUGUAGUCCAAAUUGAGAGUGAAAUAGACAUACUUGACGAUGGUUAUCGCUGGCGGAAGUAUGGACAGAAAGUUGUCAAAGGAAAUCCAAACCCAAGGAGCUACUACAAAUGCACAAGUGCUGGAUGUCCUGUAAGGAAACAUGUGGAAAGGGCUUCCCAUAAUCUGAAAUAUGUUAUCACUACUUAUGAGGGAAAACACAAUCAUGAAGUGCCUACUGCUAGAAACAACAAUCAGAUAAGCUCAAAUGAUGGUGGUGGUGCUAAUGGGCAAGCAGGUCUUACAUUACAUGGGAGUGCCAGUAUCCCAAAGCCAGAACCUCAUCAAACUCUAGCACCUCAUUUUGAUAGAAAACCUGAUUUUAGCAAUGAGUUUCUCAGGCAAGGUUUGAUUGGAAGUUUGGGUAAUGACCUGAAGUUUGGACCUUCCUCCAUGAGCCAAAUGAAGUACUCUUCCUUGAGUAAUACCAUGCCUUAUGGCUCCUAUGGACUGAAUCCUGAUCGUUGUGCCACCCCUGCUGGAUCUAUGGCCGCAAUGUUCCCUGAUUUUCCAAUGCCGCUACCAAUGAAUCUUCCCUCAUCUGGAAGUUUUCCUCUUGCUGGAAUUAACUUUAACCGCAUGAAACCGAUGGGUCAUGUCCAGUCUUUCCUUUCAGGGCAGCAGGUGAAGGAGAUUGAUUCAGGGUUCCUGAAGCCUAAACAGGAGCAGAAGGAUGAUACUAUGUACACCACAUGCAUACCCUCUCUUGAUCAUGCAAAUGCUUCUCUCAAUCCGUCAACAUCACCAUCCAUUUAUCAGCGCGUCAUGCAGAAUUUCCCUUGAUAAUCUUGUUCUUGCAGCAAGUAGCAGCAGCAGCUUCUGUUUGUUAUUCCCCAGUAUUUGAAGGCCUUUUGUCCUAUCAUUGAUAUUUCAGUUUUUAGAAAUAUUUUUUUCAAACAAACUCCGGUGUCCUUAUUUAUACAAGUUGCAUACCAAUAUUUGUUAGGUAAAUUUCUUUGGUCCUAUCAUUGUUGUUUCGAGGUUCUCAUGUAUGAUGUAUCAUCUAUUGAGACAAUCAAACUAUGGCGUUUUUUUGGCAUACCAAUAGUUGUAACUUGUAACUAGUUCUUGGUAGAGUGGUUUAAGUAAUAAAAUAUAUGACUCUUC